UUUGAAACUUAAAAGCUAUAGUUAAUUUUUUCUUGAUAAGAAUAUAUAAUAGAAACUUCGUUAACAGGGACGACCUUGGAACAACUAAGCAAGAAAAAAGUUCAAGCAACAACAAUCAUGAGCCUUAAUCCCACUAGGUGAAGUUGAAUCCUAAACCUCUAGCCCUCCUUUUUGUCUAGAAUUCAUGAUAUUAGAUUUGAUGAAUUUUAUGUUAGUUGUCAGCUAUCUAAUGCAUCCUUCAUCCUUUAUCUGGGAUAAAGAUUGGUUGCGUAUGGGAUGUUUUGAGGGGAUUACUCAACCCACAAGUGGAGUUGAAGCAAGAAAAGAAGAAAGAAAGGAAAAGUAAAAAGCAUGUAUAUAUAUAUAUCUAUAUCCAGUUAUAGAUAAUCCAGAAAUUGCAAGAUAUAAAAGACUAAAAGGGUAUCUCAUCAUCAAAAAUAGGGAGACGAGCAGUUCCCUUCAAACAAUGAAGAAUAUGUUCAUAUCUUUAUAAGGUUAUACUAUUCCUUUUGCACGAAAGAGUUAAUGUCCCACAAAAGAUUAAUCUAUAUGUCAUGAAAGUGUGCGCAAAAAAUCGGGAUUUUGUUCCAUGCGUCCAUUUCAUGAUGAGGCAUUUAUAAAAUGCUUAAUUUAAGUCUAUUCUACAAGUUCUUACUUGAAGUCUGAGCUGGUUAUUUGUGUUGGACCUGCUAUAUUUGACUUAUGAAAAAUACCAAGUGUUCCAGAUGUCACAUUGUCAAUGUCUCCUAGGUUGCGGACGAAGAAGAAUUUGAUUGGGAUUAUCUUCCAACUUCUUUCUAGGGGCUUAGAUUUCCUCUUGUAAUUUUACCAACAUCAUAGAGUUUAUUGCAAUGGUUUCCCCAAUUGAAACAAUUUUUCUUAGAGUAUGCUUUCCCCAAUACAUUUCAUUUCAAGCAAUGCUUAUUAUUUUUAUUUUGUUUACAUUUUUGGUAUGUCAGGCAAUACAUUUUCUUCAGCCAUUUUAAAUUAAUCAACAAUUUGUUUGCAUGUUUAGGAACAUUGUGUCAACAGUUAACCUGGACUGCAAGUUAGAUCUUAAGGCCAUUGCACUUCUGGCACGAAAUGCAGAAUACAAUCCAAAGCGUUUUGCUGCCGUAAUUAUGAGGAUAAGAGAACCAAAAACAACAGCUCUAAUAUUUGCUUCUGGAAAGAUGGUAAGUUGUCAACAGCACAAGGCAAAAAUGUUUGAGUUUCAAGUUAUCUUCAGCGUUAAAUUUCUAAAACUAAUGACAUUUGUGGUUUUCCCAGCCAAGUUCAAGGACUUCAAGAUUCAGAACAUAGUUGGCUCUUGCGAUGUUAAAUUUCCUAUUAGACUUGAGGGUCUUGCAUAUUCGCAUGGUACCUUUUCAAGUUAUAAACCUGAAUUGUUCUCUGGGUUGAUAUAUCGAAUGAAACAACCAAAGAUUGUGUUGCUUAUUUUUGUUUUUGGGAAAAUUGUUCUCACUUUAGCUAAGGUGAGAGAUGAGACUUACACUGCUUUCGAGAAUAUAUACCCAGUUCUUAUUGAAUUCAAAAAAGUUCAACAGUGGUAUGGUUUACGCAUGUUAUUAGAUAUAAAACAAUUAAAAAAGUUACAACUACAAAGAAGUGUCUUUUAUUAG